CGUGACGCAAUCGAUAUGAGAAACCUAGGAACUAGUUAAGAAGGCAGUCGGUAACUUUGAAAAAAGGUUUGUCUUUUAGAGUGCGGCAGCUGCGAGUCUAUCAAGGGAGAAAAGUAUCUUUGAACAUGGUGCUGCAGACGGAGCACAGCGAGACGGAGAGCAGCAUGUCGCGAGAGACCACAGACACCGAGGAGAACGAACUGAUGGCGUGCAGCCCGGUGCCACCGAAACCGGACUGGUGCAAGACAGCCACCGGCCACAUUAAACGACCCAUGAAUGCCUUUAUGGUGUGGUCCAAGAUCGAGAGGAGAAAAAUCAUGGAACAGUCUCCGGACAUGCACAACGCUGAGAUCUCCAAAAGACUGGGGAAGCGGUGGAAAAUGCUGAAGGACAGUGAAAAGAUCCCCUUUAUCCGCGAAGCCGAGCGGCUCCGGCUCCAACACAUGGCUGACUACCCUGACUACAAAUACAGACCCAAGAAAAAACCAAAGCUCGACAGUUCUUCGAAACCAGCGGUGCAGUCGCCAGAGAAGAUCGGCAAAAGUGUCAGAGCUGCAGCGAAGAAGUGCGCGAAACUCAAGCCGAGCAAACCGGGGAACAUUACCGCCAGAGCUUCUUCACAAGACUGCAGAUUCAACUAUGUUUUCACAAACUUAAAAGUGACCAAGUCUAUAAAAAGGGAACUUACUGACGACGAAGAUGACGAUGACGACGACGACGACGACGAGGGUGACUACGAGGACGAGGAGUACAUCAGGCUGCACAACGUCCCCGCGAGCCCCACGCUGAGCUCCGCUGCGGAGUCCGAGGGCGCGAGCAUGUACGAGGAGUCCAGGCACACGAGCGCAAUUCCCGGCAGCAGACUGUUUUACAACUUCAAGAACAUUACCAAGCAGAGCGCAGCUUACCCUGCCUCGGUGUCACCAGCAUCCUCUUUCAGGUCCGUCUCUUCUUCGUCCAGCAGCUCCAGCGAGGAUUCCGAUGACUUGCUGGUGGACUUCAGUUUGAACUUAGCGGCGGGCUCUCACGCGACGGACUUGGGCAACACUUCAGGAAACCUUUGUCUCUCUCUGGUGGAUAAAGAUUUGGACUCUUUCAGCGAGGGCAGCCUCGGUUCUCACUUCGAGUUCCCGGACUAUUGCACUCCCGAGCUCAGUGAGAUGAUCGCGGGAGACUGGCUGGAGGCGAACUUUUCAGACCUGGUUUUCACUUACUAACUGACAAACUUUUCCAGAACCAAGGAGGCAUCUCGCAUCUUCAGGUUAUUUUUUGACUCUGCCUCUGUGGUUGUCCUGGUUAAAGACGACGGAACCUGUGUUACGAGACUUGUAACUUAGAAAAAAGUGACAGUGGUCAACAUUGACAGGGCUGUGUGUAUGGCAAGCGCUUUUAACAUGUAUUCCUUAAAACUACAUGGCUUCCACUUUUAACUGACAAGCAGUUGUUUUGCUUGUAUCCUUGUAAGCCAUUAGUUGGUGUUUUUUCAGUUCACUAGGAAUUUUCCUUUUUUUCUUGCUGCUAGUCACUGUCCCAGUAGUAACAAUAUACUGUUUCUGCUGUUACUGGUAACAUUUUUUUUCUGUCAUGGUCAGUUAAAAACUAUUCACUAUGUAUUGCAAUUAUUGCAUGUAUAUGUUCAAGUUUUACUAGUACUAAUUGAGUAGACUAGUAUCUGAUUAUCAGGCACUAGUGUUUAUUCCAGUUGGUACUAGUAUAGGAUAGUGACUAGUAGGAAUAAUGUGUAUAUAAAUGAUUGAUUGCUAGUGAGAUUGAGAUGCUAGCAACUAUUAAAUCACUUACCAGUAAUUAAAAUAAGUGCAAGUCACAUGAAAAUAGAUACCAGUUAGUUUAAAGCAAUAAAUGUUAAAGUAGCUUGCCAUACCGUGUGGCUAUUCUGUGGGGUUGCAGUGAAACUGCUUAAACUGGUGGAGCGCAAAAUGUAAAAUCUGAACUAUGCAUUCCCAUCCCACCCAUAUCUCUACAGGGAGCUGGAAAACGGUUGCUGGACCGAAUGGAGGCAAUUCUGAAACACUGUUCAGGAUGGAACUUUUUCUGAGGUCUUAUGUAAUUUCUGUAUGCCACAAAUGUUUCUCGUGUGUGUGUACCGGUUCCGUUUCCCUCCAAGUAUGGGAAUAUUUAAGCAGAUAACCACUCUAGAGCACACGUAUGGCAGGAAGCAUUUUGAUACAUGACCAACAUACCUCAUCUUUUUAAAAAAAA